AUGCCUCGGACGACCAUGGAUGGUCGGCCCAUGUCCAACGGCAGUGGGCUGCCUCAAAGUCCAACAGUUGCCGCCUCGGUUGAGCUGGGCAAUGCUGACCGGCCUCUUUCCCCUAGCUAUAUCACAGAAGGCGGCGGUAUUGGCGCUCUAAACCCAGCUGCCUCCUCUCAACCCUUCGACGACCAACAAUUAAAGGUCUACCUCGAACUCAGAGAUGGCCAGGUCUUCGAGGGUUUCAGCUUCGGAGCUGAGAAGAGCGUCUCCGGAGAACUCGUUUUCCAGACUGGAAUGGUGGGCUACCCGGAGUCUGUCACAGAUCCCUCCUACCGAGGGCAGAUCUUGGUCAUUACAUUUCCACUUGUGGGCAACUACGGAGUACCUUCGAGAGAGACACCCGACGAGUUGCUGGGAGACCUUCCCAAGUACUUUGAAUCGAAUCAAAUCCACAUUGCCGGUCUUGUCGUGGCGUCAUAUGCCGGCGAAACAUACUCUCAUCAUCUUGCCACCUCUUCUCUCGGCACCUGGCUGAAAGAGCAAGGCGUCCCCGCAAUAUAUGGGGUCGACACACGAGCACUCACCAAGAUCAUCCGAGAAGAAGGCAGUAUGUUGGGUCGUAUGCUCAUGACACAAGCUUCUCCGAAAAUGAAGCUCACCAACGGUGCCAAAGAAGAUUCGCUUCUUAACGGCGAGGUAGUGAUGGGUCCUGUGAACUGGCGAGAGCAUGUGGAAGAAGUCGAGUGGCAUGACCAAAAUGAACGGAACCUGGUGGCAGAAGUCUCAGUCAAACAGCCGCGGGUGAUUUCUCCUCCAAAAGACAAAGCGCUCUUGCAUCCCUCUGGCCGGCCCAUUCGAGUUGUGGUGGUGGACGUUGGCCUCAAGUACAACCAGCUCCGUUGUCUCCUGUCCCGCGGUGUGGAGGUCCUUGUGGUACCUUGGGAUUAUGACUUCCCAAGACUGGCGGGGAAAGACUAUGACGGCUUGUUCAUUUCCAAUGGUCCUGGUGACCCUGCCAUGCUUUCAACCACCGUCAAGCAUAUCUCAGAAGCCAUGGCGGAGGCAAGAACACCCAUAUUCGGCAUCUGUCUGGGUCAUCAAUUGCUUGCUCGUGCCGCCGGGGCCAGCACUCUGAAGAUGAAAUUCGGUAAUCGAGGACACAAUAUUCCCUGUACUAAUCUCUUAUCUGGCCGAUGCUACAUCACUUCACAAAACCAUGGCUUUGCUGUUGACACGAAAACCUUGCCGGAAGGCUGGCAUGAGCUGUUCGUGAAUGCAAAUGAUGGCAGCAACGAAGGUAUCCGCCACGUUUCGAGACCCUACUUCAGCGUUCAGUUCCAUCCAGAAUCCACCCCCGGCCCUCGGGAUACCGAAUUCCUGUUCGACGUCUUUAUCGAUGCAGUCAUGAAGAGUGUUGCGUCUGAAAAGGCUUUGCAGCAUCCAGUCACCUUCCCGGGAGGCGCAAUCGAGGAGAAUGAGAAAGCACAUCCACGGGUCAAGGUGAAGAAGGCCCUUGUUCUUGGAAGUGGGGGGCUCAGUAUUGGUCAAGCUGGGGAGUUCGACUACUCUGGUAGUCAAGCUAUCAAAGCUUUGAAGCAAGAAGGCAUUUACACCAUUCUGAUCAACCCCAACAUUGCAACGAUACAGACAUCCAAGGGACUAGCGGACAAAGUCUACUUCCUGCCUGUUACUGCCGAUUUUGUCCGCAAAGUCAUCAAGCAUGAGCGACCGGACGGCAUUUACUGUACUUUUGGUGGUCAGACUGCCUUGCAAGUUGGGAUUCAGCUGAAAGAUGAGUUUGAGGCCCUCGGAGUUCAAGUCCUGGGAACGCCCAUCGAAACAAUUAUUACCACCGAAGAUCGCGAGCUAUUCGCCAGAAGCAUGGAAUCCAUUGGAGAGAAGUGCGCGAAAUCGGCCUCUGCCUCAAGCCUCGAGGAAGCUAUGCGCGUUGUGGAAGACAUCGGCUUUCCCGUCAUUGUCAGAGCUGCGUACGCGCUGGGUGGUCUCGGAAGUGGUUUCGCCGAAGAUAUGGACCAGCUCCGCGAUCUUUGCACGAAAGCCUUCGCUGCAAGCCCUCAAGUGCUUAUCGAGAGGAGUAUGAAAGGCUGGAAAGAGAUCGAAUACGAAGUUGUCCGAGAUGCCCGGGACAACUGUAUAACGGUGUGCAACAUGGAGAAUUUCGACCCACUUGGUAUUCACACCGGAGAUUCCAUUGUGGUCGCACCGUCUCAAACCUUGUCCGAUGAAGAUUACAACAUGCUGCGCACGACGGCUGUUAACGUCAUUCGCCAUCUGGGCGUAGUGGGAGAGUGCAAUAUCCAAUAUGCGCUAAAUCCCUUUUCGAAAGAAUACUGCAUCAUCGAGGUCAAUGCCAGAUUGUCCCGAUCCUCGGCUCUGGCUUCCAAAGCUACAGGCUACCCGUUGGCUUUUAUUGCCGCUAAGCUGGGUUUGGGUAUACCACUGAACGAGAUCUCGAACUCGGUCACAAAGAAGACAUGUGCUUGCUUUGAGCCUUCGCUCGACUACGUCGUCGUCAAGAUUCCGCGAUGGGAUCUCAAGAAAUUCACGAGAGUAUCAACCCAGCUUGGCUCGUCAAUGAAGAGUGUCGGCGAGGUGAUGGCCAUAGGCAGAACGUUCGAAGAAGCCAUUCAGAAAGCCAUUCGCUCUGUCGAUUUCCACAAUCUUGGCUUCUCAGAUAUCUCUAAUCCUUUGAUGUCUGUCGACGAUGAAUUGCAGACUCCCUCUGACCAGAGAAUGUUUGCCAUUGCUAAUGCAAUGCAUGCAGGAUACACGGUUGACAAGAUUUGGGAAAUGACCAAGAUCGACAAAUGGUUCUUGUCAAGACUCAAGGGUCUGAGUGACUUCUCCAAGUUGAUGUCCAAGUUCAGUCUAACCACCGUCCCUCCGUCUUUGAUAAGACAAGCCAAACAACUGGGCUUCUCGGACCGUCAGCUUGCUCGAUCCUGGAACUCUAACGAGCUAGCUGUUAGACGCUUGAGAACUGAAGCAGGAAUACAUCCCUUCGUGAAACAGAUCGACACGGUUGCAGCUGAAUUCCCCGCCUAUACCAAUUACCUCUACUUGACUUACAAUGGGUCGGAGAGUGACAUUACAUUCAAUGAUCAUGGCAUCAUGGUUCUAGGGUCUGGUGUUUACCGUAUUGGCUCUUCGGUCGAGUUUGACUGGUGCUCUGUCAGGGCAAUCCGCACCCUGCGUCAACAGGGGUUCAAGACUGUUAUGGUCAAUUUUAACCCCGAGACGGUAAGCACGGAUUACGACGAGGCAGACAGACUCUAUUUCGAGAACAUCAAUCUCGAGACGGUCCUGGACGUCUAUCAGCUUGAAUCAGCCAGUGGAGUUAUCAUUUCAAUGGGUGGGCAAACUCCCAACAACAUUGCCCUCCCUCUGCAGCGAUUGAAUGUCAAGAUCUUGGGGACCUCUCCGGAGAUGAUCGACUCGGCAGAAAAUCGGUACAAGUUCUCUCGUAUGCUGGACCGCAUCGAUGUCGAUCAGCCAACUUGGAAAGAACUCACGAGCAUCGAUGAGGCACUGGAGUUCUGCGAAAAGGUCUCGUAUCCCGUCCUAGUGCGGCCAUCCUACGUCUUGUCAGGAGCUGCAAUGAAUACGGUGUACUCGAAAGACGAUCUUGCCAAUUACCUCAACCAGGCAGUGGAUGUCUCAAGGGAUCACCCUGUUGUGAUUACCAAGUAUAUUGAAAAUGCCAAAGAGAUCGAGAUGGAUGCUGUUGCAAAGGACGGCGUCAUGACUGGGCAUUUUAUUUCGGAGCAUGUCGAAAAUGCAGGAGUGCACUCCGGUGAUGCAACGCUCAUAUGCCCUCCACAAGAUCUUCUGCCCGAGACCAUUGCCCGGAUCGAAGAAGCGACGCGGAAGAUUGGAAAUGCCCUCAACAUCACAGGUCCGUUCAACAUUCAGUUCAUUGCCAAAGACAACGAGAUCAAGGUCAUCGAAUGCAACGUUCGCGCUUCCAGAUCCUUCCCAUUUGUCUCCAAAGUUAUGGGAGUCGAUCUGAUUGAGAUGGCCACCAAAGUCAUGGUGGGUAAACCGGUCACUCCAUAUCCACCUGUCACGAUUCCUGCCGAUUAUGUCGGCGUCAAAGCGCCACAAUUUUCCUUCUCACGCUUGUCUGGUGCCGACCCAGUCCUUGGAGUUGAGAUGGCUUCGACUGGGGAAGUUGCUUGCUUUGGACGUGAUCGAUGGGAAGCCUAUAUCAAGGCAACAAUCUCAACAGGCUUCAAACUCCCUGAGAAGAAUAUCCUUCUCUCAAUCGGAUCCUUCAAAGACAAGACGGAGAUGCUUCCAUCCGUGCGUAAGCUACACCAGAUGGGCUACAAUCUGUUCGCAACAUCCGGCACUGCUGAUUUCUUGGAGGAACAUGGCAUCAAAGUAAAAUACUUGGAAAUACUCGGCAGCGACGAAAAAGACCAGAAAUCCGAGUAUUCGCUGACCCAGCAUUUGGCCAACAACAAAAUCGAUUUGUACAUCAACCUACCAUCCAGCAACAGGUUCAGGAGACCAGCCAACUACAUGAGCAAAGGGUACCGCACUAGGCGAAUGGCGGUUGACUACCAGACCCCGUUGAUCACAAACGUCAAGAUUGCAAAGAUUUUAAUUGAGGCGCUUGCGAGGCACUACGAUCUUGACAUCAGCAACAUUGACUUCCAGACAAGUCAUCGGAGCGUAGUGCUCCCAGGUUUGAUCAACGUGGCGGCCUUUGUUCCCGGGCUUGCUCAGAAAGGCUCGCACGAUCUCUCGUUGGUGAGCAGAGCUUCGGUGGCAGCUGGCUUUACCAUGAUUCGAAUCAUGCCUGUUGGAAUUGACAGCGCUGUGACCGAUGCAAGGUCACUCAAGGUCGCUCAGCACAACGCGCAGAACGGGGCCUACUGCGAUUUCAACUAUUCCGUGGCGGCAACCGAUUCCAACUCGGAGCAGAUUGUCCACGUCAAGGCUGAGGUUGGAUCUCUUUUCAUUCCCUUCAACCACCUUUCAUCCGGCAACAUCAACAAAGUCGCCACCGUCACCGCACAUUUCGGGACAUGGCCUACGUACAAGCCGAUCGUGACAGAUGCGAAGACUACAGACCUGGCCUCCAUUCUUUUGCUUGCCAGCCUACAUGACAGGAAAGUCCAUGUCACAAAUGUGACCUCCAAGGAUGACAUCAGUCUGAUUGCUCUAUCGAAGGAGAAGGGAUUGAAGGUCACUUGUGACGUGUCAGUCUACAGUCUCUUUUUAUCUCAGGCUGAUUACCCCGAGUGUGCUGCAUUGCCAUCGGCCGCCGACCAGAAGGCCUUGUGGGACCAUCUGCCGACGAUCGAUGUGCUCUCAAUUGGUAGCCUUCCCUACCAGCUCGCAGGCGAGAAGGCUGGUCCGACGGUGGGCAUUGCCGAUGCACUGCCCUUGCUGUUAACUGCCGUCUCAGAAGGGAAAAUGACCAUGGAUGACAUCACCAGCAGGCUCCACGACAAUCCCAAGGCCAUUUUUGAAUUACACGAACAAACCAAUACCUCGCUGGAGAUUGACAUCGAUCGUCCAUACGUGCUCAACGCUGGGUCUGUGUGGUCGCCGUUUGUCGGAAGAACGUUGCGAGGAGCCGUAUCACGAGUCGUGUUCCAGGGGAAGACAAUCUGUCUUGAUGGUGAAAUCUUGAACGACAGCCCCCAAGGCACUGACAUGUCGUCGCAUCUGAUCCAACCCACCUCACCAAGCAUUGGGCCUACGUCUCCAGUCUUGCGUGCUCAGAUCGACGCCCCUGUCCUCAGACGGCCCUCGAUCCUCGAUAGCUCAAUGUAUAGACCGACUUCAGUGACCUCGAGAAGUCGACCUAUCGCCCGUCCACGAAACAUGGACGAGGUGCUCGACACCAGCGGUCCAGUUCUGCCUACCGCCGCGUUCCAGCAACCACAGCCUCCGUCCACGGUUUCUCCGUCACUUCUCUCCCUUUUGGCAUCUUCGCCCUUCAAGAACCGUCAUGUGAUAUCCGUCGAUCAAUAUACGCGACAGGAUUUACAUGUGUUGUUUACAGUGGCUCAAGAAAUGCGACUUGGUGUCCAGCGACAAGGGAUCUUGCCAAUUCUCCAAUCCAAAGUGCUCUGCACCCUGUUCUAUGAGCCAAGCACUCGAACCUCGGCUUCUUUUGACGCCGCCAUGCAACGGUUGGGCGGACGUACUAUCGCGAUCAACACUGAUCACUCGAGUACACAGAAGGGCGAGACAUUGCAGGACACCAUUCGGACGCUCGGAUGCUACGGAGACGCAGUGGUGCUGCGUCAUCCAGACGAAGAAUCUGUCGCAACUGCGGCCAAGUUUUCCCCGGUCCCCAUCCUCAACGGCGGCAAUGGCAGCCGAGAACACCCGACACAAGCAUUUUUGGAUCUGUUCACCAUUCGAGAGGAGUUGGGUACGGUGACUGGCCUCACCGUUACGUUCACUGGUGACCUCAAAUAUGGGCGAACCGUCCAUUCACUGGCCAAAUUGCUGCAGUAUUAUGAAGUGCGGAUCAACUUGGUAUCUCCAAAGGAUCUAGCUCUGCCCAAAGAGGUCAGAGAUUUGAUUGUGGCGUCCGGCCAGCUUGUGAUCGAAUCCGAAACUCUGACCCCGGAGAUUGUUGCCAAGAGCGAUGUGCUAUACUGCACACGGGUUCAGAAAGAGCGAUUCUCAAGCCUCGACGAGUACGAGCGACUGAAAGACAGCCUGAUUGUGGACAACAGCGUUCUGAAGUACGCCAAACCCGGCAUGAUUGUGAUGCACCCGCUGCCGCGCAAUCACGAGAUUAGCGAGGAGGUUGACUUUGACCAACGAGCAGCAUACUUCCGACAGAUGAGGUAUGGUCUUUACACGAGAAUGGCGCUUUUGGCCUUGGUGCUUGCAUCAUAG